AUGUUACAUUGCAUCACUACGAUCUUCCUCAGUAUCUCGAGGAUGACUAUGGAGGAUGGACCAAUCGCAGAAUCAUACUUUACUGCUUAUGCAGAUGUUUGCUUUAGAGAGUUUGGGAACCAUGUCAAAUUCUGGACCACUAUCAACGAGGCUAAUGUAUUCACUAUCGGAGGUUACAACGAUGGGACUUCACCGCCUGGUCGUUGUUCUAACUGCUCGUCAGGGAACUCUUCCACUGAAACAUACAUUGUAGGCCAUAACUUGCUUCUUGCACACGCCUCUGUUUCCAGACUAUAUCAGCAAAAGUACAAGGAUAAGCAAGGAGGUUCUGUAGGGUUUAGCUUAUAUGCAUUUGAGUUUAUUCCUCAGACAAGCUCUUCUAAGGAUGAUGAAAUUGCAAUCCAAAGAGCCAAAGACUUCUUCUACGGCUGGAUACUUGGGCCUCUUACAUUUGGAGACUAUCCUGAUGAAAUGAAAAGAGCUGUGGGAUCAAGACUGCCAAUUUUCUCAAAGGAAGAAUCAGAACAAGUUAAAGGCUCCUCUGACUUCAUAGGAAUCAUGCACUAUUUUCCGGCUUUGGUGGAAAACAUUAAACUUAAACCGUCUCUUUCAAGAAACACGGAUUUCUACUCAGACAUGGGUGUAUCUUUGACUUACCUUGGCAAUUUUUCAGGUUUCGGGUAUGAUGUUUUUCCAUGGGCUAUGGAAAGUGUCCUGGAAUAUAUAAAGCAGACCUAUGGCAAUCCUCCUGUCUACAUUCUUGAGAAUGGUACACCGAUGAAGCCAGAUUUGGAGCUGCAACAGAAGGACACACGUAGGAUUGAGUACUUACAAGCUUACAUUGGUGCUGUACUCAAAGCCGUUAGGAAUGGAUCAGACACGAGAGGCUACUUCGUAUGAUCAUUUAUGGAUUUGUUCGAGUUACUAAGUGGAUACGAGCUUAGUUAUGGAUUGUACCCUGUCAACUUCAGCGAUCCUUAUCGCAAGAGAUCUCCCAAACUCUCUGCUCACUGGUACUCUGAUUUUCUCAAGGGGAAAAUCACCUUUUUUGGUUCCCAAGGCAUCAAACAAUUGCAUAGCAACUUCUCUUAUUCCUCCUUGUAGUGAAUUGCAUUUCUAAUAAAUCCGGCUCAGUUUGAUAAAGUCCG